CAGCUGUCGWCUGAAGCAGAAGUCUCGUGYAAAAGGUGUCGUGUUGAGUGCCGUUGUUUUUAUUCCCAAAGGAAUCGUUUUUGGCUCGUGCGYAUACAAAAUCAUACCGAAGUGCUUUGUUGCUAAAAUACCGGAAUUUUGCUCGCGAUUUCAUUUGCUUUGUUUUGAUUUUCAUAUUCGUGUUUGCUUUCUUCGUUUAUUGCAUUUGCAUAACAAUUGAAAGCAAAUUUUUUUAUCGUCCUGCAAAGUGUGAAUUGGUGUUAAGCCACUUGACGUGCUCAAUAAUAUAUCGAAGAUUACGUAAAUAGUCGUGAACUGGUUCAAGCAGACGAAGUGAGUGCUGAAAAGAAAAAAAAAACGUGAAACACCCAUGUUCAAAUGUACAAAUUAAUGCGACAGACACGCCGAGCAGACGCUUAGUAGAGUUGACGAAGAAAGGUAAACAAAACAAUCAACAGCAGCAUCAACGGCAGCAAUAGUAGCAGCUGGCUACUAGAUAUAACCAGUGACUUCGUCGGCAUUCGUUGACACUCCAGUCACAGCGAUAGCGAAACUAACAACGCUCCCACAGGCCACCUGCUUACAACAACGCAUCACAGUAGCGGUGACAGUAGGCACAAAAAGUCAACCGACAAUCAGCAGCUUGACGUGCAAUAAACUUACUCACACACAUACACACACGCUGAUCCAACUACCAACCAACUACCGGCUUAUCUGCUACCUACUAACGUACACACACACAUAUGAACGUAACGACACGCUCAGCCGUUUGUAUUGCAGAUUUGUGCCUUUUUUCCAACUGACUUGAAAAACUCGACGGCAGUGCGCGAACUUAUCAGAACGUUGCCAGACGCGCAACGCGAAACAACGGUGUGUAAAAAAGCAGUUAAGUGAACGAAGGCGAAAAGCGACGGCGCGUAGCAGUAAACACGACAAGUCGUCGUUGUUAAAAACGUUGUGAGCGGCAAUUUUAAGAGAAAUACAACAAAAAAAGACUUUCCAUUUUUUGCACAAAAAAUUGCGAAAGUCACAAAAUUUCGCACGGUUUUUCAAAACCUAAGCUUGUUCUUCGUUUUUGCAAGUCAACGAAACCAAGUAUUUUUGCAUUUUAUUUUGCAUAUAUGAAAGGAAAAUGUUUUAAAAAAUAUAUAUAUGAAAGUUCAAGAGAAACCUAAAAACUAAAAGAAAUAAUUUUUUAAUUUAAAAAUAUAUUGAAACAACAAACCGCGCUACCUCCAAACGCCAUAAGCUAAUAGCAAACGCAACAUUACUAAAAAGUGCAGUAUUUUUAUAUAAUAACAGUAAAUACAACAACAAAUAAAAUUACAAUUAAAUCGCAUAAUCAACCGCAAGCCAAGCCAGUAUUAGUUUGUUACGAAACAGUUGAACCAACAAUAAAAACAGCAACAAAACGCUAAAAAGGCCGUGAAGUAUACAAAACGUUAGAAAAACAACAACAAAUACACAAAUUCAGCAAAAUGUCCGCAUCCAAGGAGCAAAUAUGCGCCAGUCAGGACAACGACUUGGACAAGCCGAAAGGAUGUUUCUCAACAAGAUACUUUGUCACUUUCAUGCUCUUUCUGGGCAUGGCCAAUGCCUAUGUGAUGCGUACGAAUAUGUCCGUAGCCAUUGUGGCGAUGGUAAAUCACACCGCCAUCGCAGCUGAUCAAGAGGAUUUUUUUGACGAUGAGUGCCCAGAUCAAAAUCUAACAGUUGUGGAAAAUGGACAAGACGGCGACUUUGUAUGGAGCUCCAGUUUACAGGGCUACAUAUUAUCUUCGUUCUUUUACGGCUAUGUGCUGACGCAAAUUCCUUUCGGUAUUUUAGCGAAAAAAUACGGUGCCAUGAAUUUCCUUGGCUGGGGUAUGCUUGUCAAUUCCGUAUUCGCCUUCCUUGUGCCCGUUGCCGCUUACGAAGGCGGCGUCUAUGGUCUCUGCGCCGUACGCUUCAUACAAGGUCUCGGCGAAGGUCCAAUUGUGCCAUGCACACACGCGCUGCUCGCCAAAUGGAUACCACCCAAUGAGCGCUCACGUAUGGGUGCGGCGGUAUAUGCGGGCGCACAAUUCGGCACAAUCAUCUCUAUGCCAUUGUCCGGUUUGUUGGCCGAGUAUGGUUUCUCUGGCGGUUGGCCAUCGAUUUUCUAUGUUUUCGGCGCUGUUGGUACGAUUUGGUCGAUAGCUUUCUUGUGGUUCGUCUAUGAGGAUCCUUCAUCGCAUCCACGUAUCGAUGAGGCGGAGAAGAAGUACAUCAACACUAGUCUGUGGGGUACUGGCGAUCAGAAGGUGCCAGCAAUUCCAUUCAAGUCCAUCUUAAAGUGCCUGCCUUUCUACGCCAUUUUGUUGGCGCAUAUGGGUCACAACUACGGUUACGAGACACUAAUGACUGAAUUGCCUACCUACAUGAAACAAGUGCUGCGCUUCUCUCUGAAAGCCAACGGCUUGCUCUCAUCCCUACCUUAUUUGGCUAUGUGGCUCUUCUCAAUGUUCAUUUCGGUAAUUGCCGAUUGGAUGAUCUCAUCAAAUCGCUUUACACACACAGCAACACGCAAAAUUAUCAACAGUAUUGGUCAAUAUGGUCCAGGUUUGGCCCUUAUUGCCGCCUCGUACACAGGCUGUGAUCGUGCCUUGACACUUGCCAUACUCACGGUAGGUGUGGGUCUCAACGGUGGUAUCUACUCUGGCUUCAAAAUCAAUCACUUGGAUCUGUCGCCACGUUUUGCCGGUUUCCUGAUGGCCAUCACCAAUUGUUCGGCGAACUUGGCGGGUCUGUUGGCGCCCAUUGCCGCUGGAAACUUAAUCAACAAUAAGCCUACCAUGGGUCAAUGGCAGAUCGUGUUCUUCAUCGCCGCUUUCGUGUAUAUCUUCUGCGCUACCUUCUACAACAUCUUCGGUUCCGGUGAACGCCAAUGGUGGGACAAUCCAGCCACCGAUGUUAAGGAACCAUCCGCCAUUGCACCAGGCACAACCACACUGACCUCGAAUGGCGCGAAUCCACGUUUUCUCACCGGCGUUGAUAAUGGCCUGACCUUGGCGGCGGGGAAUAUCAACGAAACGGGUCACUGAGUGCGUGGAACACACGUCCAAGGCUAGACAGUUGCAACUGAGCGCUGAUCUAGUAUAGUGGGUUGUGUUUUUUAGUUAUUCGAAGCUGUAGUUUCGCUGUUAGUGCUAGUUAGACAACAAACAGACAGACAGUUAGUUAUUUAAGCAGUCUAAUUUUUAUUAUCUUUAGUAAAUAUUAAGGCAUAGUGAAUUUAAGUGCGUGAGAAAUGUGUGUGGCUUAGAGAAAAAAAAUAAAUAGAUAAAUAAAAUAAAAUGUACCGUAAGUAAGAGAAGAUAAAAGUAGUGUGAUAACGGUACUCAGCGUGCAAAAUAAUAAUUAUAUUAAAAAAACAUGAGUCAGCAUUAAUGAGUAACGGACAAUUUUUCAUGCUCAGCUCUCAGCCGAGUUUGAAUGAAAACUUGAUGGAUAAAAGACAGUUGCCGCUAAAACUAUGCAACGCAUCUAAAGUAUAUAAUACGCCAAUGGUGCCAACUUAGUGAUUUUCUUCUUUAAUGUUUUGCUUUUAGAAAGUGUAAAUGUAAAGUUUUUAUGGACUUCGUCCGUGAAUUGUUAAUUUAUUUAAAGUUAAGUUUAAAGAGUAAUUUAUAAAAAAAAAACAUUUAAUUUAUAUACAUAAAUAUAUAUAUACACACACAUGUAUGAAUGUACGCACUGUAAGCGCUUUUUAAUGUAUUUGUGAAUUGAUUUUAUAAAGAAAAUAUUAUUUUUUGUUUUAAAAAAAAGUAGUGAAAGUAAAACCGAACAAUGCCUUUAACACACAGAUGUCUAAAUGUAACGAUUUUCGUCUAGAAUUGUAGCAAUCAUACAUAUACAAAAUUAUAAACACACUUACAUACAUUUUUACUACUAAAAUUAAUUAUUUUAUACAUUUGUUAUAAAGUUGUUGCGUGAGGAAUUGUGUUAAGGCGUAGGCUAAGCGGACAAAUGCGAAACAAGCCAACAAACAGUAUAAGUGACAAUCUAAUUUGUAAGACGAAAUGCUAAAAAAAAUAUUUCCAUUUGUUACAAUAUUACAAUAUUCAAGACAUGCAAUUUCCAAAAAUGUUUUACAACUACGAGAAUGUUUAGAAAAACGUAAGAAAUUUACUUCACAAUAAAAUAAAUUCUUCUUUACUGGCGUAAAAACCGUUCACGCGCUCAUAGCCGCCAAAAUAAAAUAAAUUAAAACAAAAAAAAAAGACUCGAAGAGAGUUUAAA